AGUGGUGGGACUCCCCCCGGCUGCUGCCCCUUCCGCCGCCGCCGCCGCUGCCGUCCCCCACCGAAGUAGCGGCCACAGCCUGGUCAGCGGCAGCAUCAUGCAGGCCAACGGGGCAGGAGGAGGAGGAGGAGGCGGCGGCGGCGGCGGCGGAGGAGGAGGAGGGGGCGGCGGGGGCCAGGGACAGACCCAGGAACUCGCCUGCCUGUCGGCCCAGAACGGGGAGUCGUCCCCCUCGUCCUCGUCGUCCGCGGGGGACCUGGCCCACGCCAAUGGGCUCCUGCCUUCCGCCCCUUCCGCCGCCAGCAACAAUAGCAACAGCCUGAAUGUCAAUAACGGGGUCCCCGGCGGGGCCGCCGCCGCUGCCUCCGCCACCGUCGCCGCUGCCUCCGCCACCACCGCCGCCUCUUCUUCCUUGGCCACCCCCGAACUGGGCAGCAGCCUCAAGAAGAAGAAGCGGCUCUCCCAGUCAGAUGAGGAUGUCAUUAGGCUAAUAGGACAGCACUUGAAUGGCUUAGGGCUCAACCAGACUGUUGAUCUCCUCAUGCAAGAGUCAGGAUGUCGUUUAGAACAUCCUUCUGCUACCAAAUUCCGAAAUCAUGUCAUGGAAGGAGACUGGGAUAAGGCAGAAAAUGACCUGAAUGAACUAAAGCCUUUAGUGCAUUCUCCUCAUGCUAUUGUGGUAAGAGGCGCACUUGAAAUCUCUCAAACGUUGUUGGGAAUAAUUGUGAGGAUGAAGUUUUUGCUGCUGCAGCAGAAGUACCUGGAAUACCUGGAGGAUGGCAAGGUCCUGGAGGCACUUCAAGUUCUACGCUGUGAAUUGACGCCACUGAAAUACAAUACAGAGCGCAUUCAUGUUCUUAGUGGGUAUCUGAUGUGUAGCCAUGCAGAAGACCUACGUGCAAAAGCAGAAUGGGAAGGCAAAGGAACAGCUUCCCGAUCCAAACUGCUGGACAAACUUCAGACCUAUUUGCCACCAUCAGUGAUGCUUCCCCCACGGCGUUUACAGACUCUCCUGCGGCAAGCAGUGGAACUCCAGAGGGAUCGGUGCCUCUACCACAAUACCAAACUUGAUAGUAAUCUAGAUUCUGUGUCUCUGCUUAUAGAUCAUGUUUGUAGUAGGAGGCAGUUCCCAUGUUAUACUCAGCAGAUACUUACGGAGCAUUGUAAUGAAGUAUGGUUCUGUAAAUUCUCUAACGAUGGCACUAAAUUAGCAACAGGAUCAAAAGAUACGACAGUUAUCAUUUGGCAAGUUGAUCCGGAUACACACCUGCUAAAACUGCUUAAAACAUUAGAAGGACAUGCUUACGGCGUUUCUUAUAUUGCAUGGAGUCCUGACGACAACUAUCUUGUUGCUUGUGGCCCAGAUGACUGCUCUGAGCUUUGGCUUUGGAAUGUACAAACGGGAGAGCUAAGGACAAAAAUGAGCCAAUCUCAUGAAGACAGUUUAACAAGUGUGGCUUGGAAUCCAGAUGGGAAACGCUUUGUGACUGGAGGUCAGCGUGGGCAGUUCUAUCAGUGUGAUUUAGAUGGUAAUCUCCUUGACUCUUGGGAAGGAGUGAGAGUGCAAUGUCUUUGGUGCUUGAGUGACGGGAAAACUGUUCUGGCAUCAGAUACACACCAGCGAAUUCGGGGAUAUAACUUCGAGGACCUUACAGAUAGAAACAUAGUACAAGAAGAUCAUCCCAUUAUGUCUUUUACUAUUUCAAAGAAUGGCCGAUUAGCUUUGUUAAAUGUAGCAACUCAGGGAGUUCAUUUAUGGGACUUGCAAGACAGAGUUUUAGUAAGAAAGUAUCAAGGUGUUACACAAGGGUUUUAUACGAUUCAUUCAUGUUUUGGAGGCCAUAAUGAAGACUUCAUCGCUAGUGGCAGUGAAGAUCACAAGGUUUACAUCUGGCACAAACGUAGUGAACUGCCCAUUGCGGAGCUGACAGGGCACACACGCACAGUCAACUGCGUGAGCUGGAACCCGCAGAUCCCGUCCAUGAUGGCCAGCGCCUCAGAUGACGGCACUGUUAGGAUAUGGGGACCAGCACCUUUUAUAGACCACCAGAAUAUUGAAGAGGAAUGCAGUAGCAUGGAUAGUUGAUGGCGAAUUUGGAGCAGACGACUUCUGUUUAACUUAAAAUUAGUCGUAUUUUAAUGGCUUGGGAUUUGGUGCAAACAAACAUGAUUGAUAGCUGGACUGACAUGCUCGUCAUGAAAAAAGAACCAUUUCUGAAGCCCGAUUGGGGCCAAACAUUUACACCUUGCUUCAUAGUAACCAGUUGAGAUGAAGCACGUCGUUAGAACGUUGUUGGACACCAUGUUGAAUUAUCCCCCCAUCGGUUGUGAAGAACUGUGCUACAUUCAGGCUUACCCAUUGAACUCAGUAUAUAUAUUUUUUUCCCUCCUGCCUUUUGUCUGGCAGGAUACCAUUCUUGUUGCUCUUCUGUGUAAUGAAGUUUAAAUGCUUGUUUGGAAAACUUUAUUUAACAGUUUAGAAGGCUUGAUAGAAAGAGUGCAUUAGUCUGAAGAGUAUACAUUGGAUAGGAAAGAAUUUCCUUCUUUUGUUUCUCCAAAUCUUUCCGCCUUAUUUAGCUUGAGAUCUUUGCAGCUUGGUUCAUGGAGUCUAGCCUUGCCCGUUGCGCAGUAUAUACUGAUCCAGAUGAUAAACCAGUGAACUAUGUCAAAAGCACUCUCAAUAUUACAUUUGACAAAAAGUUUUGUACUUUUCACAUAGCUUGUUGCCCCGUAAAAGGGUUAACAGCACAAUUUUUUAAAAAUAAAUUAAGAAGUAUUUAUAGGA